AGUGACAGAGUCAUCAGCGGCCAUAACCACAUUGAUACGAGGAUACAUUCCUUCCUUAAAAACUAAAACUAAAAUCUGUAACAAAAAAAUUCAGAGAGAAUGGCAGGUUCAUCAGAAGAGGGACAAGUUAUCAGCUGUCACAGCGUUGAUGCAUGGAACGAUAUCCUUCACAGAGGCAAUGAAUCCAAGAAACUGAUUGUUGUGGACUUUACUGCUUCUUGGUGUGGACCAUGCCGUUUCAUUGCACCAUUCCUUGGUGAAUUGGCUAAGAAGUUUACAAAUGUCAUAUUCCUUAAGGUGGACGUGGACGAACUAAAGUCUGUUGCUCAAGAUUGGGCUGUUGAGGCUAUGCCAACAUUUGUGUUUGUGAAAGAAGGAACGAUUUUGGGCAAAGUGGUUGGAGCAAAGAAAGAAGAACUGCAGCAGACAAUUGAGAGACAUGUGGCUUCAUCUAAUGCUUAGUUUUGUUGGUGGUGUUGGUAGCAGCUUCAUCUUCAAAGACUAAAUAAUAAUUACUGUGAUGUUAUCUUUGUCUUCAUUGUUGUUGGGAUAUCUUGUAUUGGAUGUUAUGUCUUUUUAUUGCACCUUAGAGCUUUAUUCUCGUCUUAAAUAAUGGUGGAGGAUGAUGUUAUUACUAUGGAUUCCCUAAUUGACAACAUGAACUUUCCUCUUCA